UAAAUUUAAAAUUAAAAUAAAAAGAAUAAAAUCCAAAACCUUCCAUUUCUAUAUUCCCUCCCUUCUUCCUCGGUUAUUGAAUUUUCUCUUCUUCAUCAUCGUCGUCGUCAUCAUCAUCAUCAUCACUUUUACCUACAGUUACUUUCGUCGCUAUAUAUAUAUAUACACACAGUUUCAUUUUCGUUUUUUCAAUAUCACUCUUUUCUAUACUCUCUUGUUUCUUUACUACAUUGCGUUUUCGCUUUCGGUUUCAUGGAUUCACGUGAACCACCGCAGCCUCCUCAUCACCCUCACGGUCACCACUUUCAACCACCGUCGAACGUUGUGUUGAUGGGACCCAAUCCGUUCACCAACACUGCCCCGACUACCAUGAUGGCGCCUGCCACUGCUCGAUUCCCUCUCUUCAACGUGAACGCUAACCCUGCUAACCCUGCUAACCCUCCUCCUCAUUCUGAGCCUUUCACCACCACCACCACCAUCACCACUGUCAACACCACCACCAACACCACCACCACUGUUCCUCCAACAUUGGUGCCAUGCGUUGCUGGCACCACUGUUCCUCCAACAUUGGUGCCAUGCGUUGCUGGCUCCUCUGAGUCAUUCAAGAAAAAGAGGGGUCGGCCAAGGAAGUAUUUCCCUGAUGACAGCACUGCUUUGGGCUUGGGCUCGGGUUCGGGCUCCGGCUCGGGUUCCGGGCAGGCUCUUGCUAUGACCUCUCCUGAUUCUUCAACUGCCAAGAAGAGUAAGAGGGGAAGAGGAAGGCCUCGUGGCUCUGUUAAAAAGAAGCUUGGAGAUGAUGGCUCUGUUUUCCGUCCACAUGUGAUCAUGGUGAAUCAUGGAGAGGACAUUUUUAAGAAAGUUAUGGCCUUUAGUCAAGAAAGAGCGGGAUCUGAUACAGAGAUGUGCGUUGUUUCUGCUGAAGGUUUGAUUGGCACUGUUGCCCUUCAUCAGGCGGGGAGCAUUGUGGUUUUUGAGGGCCAAUUUGAAAUUAUAUCCCUGUCAGCCCAGUUAGUAGAAUCUGACGACGGCAGUGGCCUUAAAAGAAUGAGUAACUUGAAGAUAUCUGUAGGGGGUCCUGAUUCACGCCUUUUGGGAGGUGUAGUUGCUGACAAGCUUGUUGCGGCGUCGACCGUAAAGGUCAUAAUGGGCUGUUUUAAUUUGGAUGGCAAAAAGACUAGCUCCAACAACCAGAAAUCUGGGCCGUCUUCAACCCCACCAUCCCAUUUUGCUGCUUCUGGGACUCCAACUAGCCCUACAUCUCAAGGGCCUUCAUCUGAGUCCUCUGGUGACCAUGAGAAUAGUCCUUUUACUCAGGGACCUGGAGUCUACAACAAUGCUAGUCAGGUCGAUCAAAACAUGAUGAUGUUCCACCACCCGCAAGUCUGGGCUCGCCAAACUCAGCAGUGAGAGCGGGCGGGUUUUAGGUUCACCAGUGCAAAAGCAGGCUAUUUGCAUGGUGAUUGUUCAAAGUUGUGGCUGCAGGAUUAGUAACAAAAAUAAUUGGGACAGGUUUUAGGGGAGUUUAUCAAUAUGUUUUAUAUCUAUUUUUCUGCUCAUUAGGAUUUUCAAAUCAUUUAUGAUACAUUGUUAGCAAGUCCCGCUUCUGGUUAAUGAGCUUAUUGCGGUUUUGGAUCCGCUUGUGACUUAUGUUAGAAAUAUGAGUUAUGCACCCUCUCAUUUGAGCUGCAUAUUUUCAAGUUUCA